AUGGCUUCCUCUGCUGCCAUACCUACAAUAGCAAGGCCUAAGCUGGUCGUUGUCGGCGAUGGCGCUUGUGGAAAGACUUGUCUGCUCAUUGUCUUUUCACAGGGCGUAUUCCCAGAGGAAUACGCCCCAACAGUGUUUGAAAACUAUGUCAAGGAAGGCUUCAGAAUAGACGGAAAACCCAUGGACGUUGCCCUUUGGGAUACGGCCGGCCAAGAAGACUACGACAGACUACGCACCCUCUCGUACCCCGGUUCAAACAUUGUUCUCAUUUGCUUUUCUGUCGACGAGCCCGUAUCACUAUCAAGCAUUCCGACCAAAUGGGUCCCUGAAGUUAGGCAUUACUGUCCGGGCCUGCCAUAUGUCCUCGUGGCUUGCAAAACGGAUUUGAGGAAUAAUACUGAAACCAUAACGAGGUUAAAGGGUCGUGGGUUGUCUCCUAUUACCGCUGAUCAGGCAAGAACUUGUUGGGGGGUGGAUAAUGGCUAUGAUGUAGCUCGUAAAGUUGGAGCUGCUGGUUACCUAGAAUGCUCUGCUCGCUUAAAUGUCGGUGUAGAUCAAGUAUUUGAACAAUCUGUAAAGACGGCGCUGCUGGCUGCAAAGAGUCAAGCUUCGAGAUCUGUAAAAAGGACAUCCAGUGGCGGUAAAGCUGGAGCUAAAAGAAGUCGUGAUUGCAUUAUUAUAUAG